GAGUAGCCGAAAGCUAAUGAAUUUUCUCUUUAAAUACGUUGACCCAAAAAUAGGAGAGUAGUCGGUACCUAUUGACUUCAAAGUUUCAAACUACUCCCUCUUAAUUAUAUUACCAAUCAAGAACCAUGCCAAGUUAAAGUCUCUCAGUCCCUAUCUUCCAUUUCUUUUCUAUUCUGAAAACUUUUCCAUUUCUUGUGAUUGUCUUCUAGAACUACCUUAUAUUCAUCAAUCCAUCUCUUAUCAAAUUCCAAGAAGAAAACAUGGGACUGAAGGAUCUUCAUCUCAAGUUCAAGGCAUUCAGGCUGAGACGCUUUCUCAUAGGAGAUGGCAAGAGAAAGAAAAAAGGGCUAGAGUUUACAAGAAGGCCCUCAUGGAUGAUGCCAGUUUCACAUGGAUAUUAUGUUGUGGAGGAUCAAUCAUUUAGAGGUGGUUCAGAGGACUUUGAGUGUAGCUCAGUUGUGGUUCAGCGAGAGCCAGUUGGAGACAUUGAAUGUUGGUUUUUUGGGGUUUCCGAUAAUCAAAUUGCAGAUGGAAUUCACAAGUAUAUUCAAUCCCAUUUAUUUAGCAAGAACCCCAACGAGACUCAGGUUAGGAGGAAUAGCAAAGAGAUAAUGAAAAAGGCAUACCUUUGUGCUAGAGCAAAGAUUAGGGAGACAUAUGAAGCAGAUGAGAUAUGGAGAGCAGGUUCAGUAUCUGCGUUGGUGAUGAAUGCGGAAAAGCUUGUGACAGCUUACAUGGGAGACUAUAGAGCUGUUGUCUGCAGAAAUGGUGUGGCUCAGCAGAUAAGCAGCUGCGACCAGCAAUCAGGCAAAAGACACUGGUCUCGCAGACUUAUGUCAGUACGCAUAUUAGGAUUCAAUUUGGGCAAAGUUAAGCAACCCAGAGGCUCAGAACUUGUUAUUGCUGCUGAAAGAAUUGAUUCCAGUACUGAAUUUGUCAUCAUAGCAAGCGCCGGCAUAUGGGAGGUAAUGCAGAAUCAAGAGGCUGUGAAUCUCAUCAGGCACUUAGAAGAUCCCAAAGAAGCUGCUGGGUGCUUGGCAAAGGAGGCUUUAAAUAGAAUGAGCAAAAGCAGCAUUGCUUGCUUGAUCAUUCACUUUGACUAACAUCCUUCAUGUUUACUUAUAGCAAUAGAGCUUUAAAAUUUUUUACAGUGCAUAGUUUUACCGCAUCUUGAUUGACCAACUAAGCCAAUAUCAAAUGGCAGUGAAAUGAACAGCAAAGAAGUCAUACCCGGAAGGAGUUUUUGUUUUAUUACAAAGAAAAGAAGAAAGAAGAGUUUUUGCCUUAGUUUGUAUGAAAGGCAUGCAUUUUUGCUUUA